GCGAAAGGUAAAAGCGAAGCUGGAAGCCUGUUCUGCUAAACACUCGCUACCUACAAACUCUCUUCACGGGCCUACCUUACUUUAUUAACGAGUUCGUUUUGUUUUUCGCACUCGACCCAUUCACUAUAUUCUCGCCCUGAAGACAACGCCAGACGCCUACGACGCUUUACUUACCCUUUGAGAGUAAUCGAGCAAACCAGAAGUGACGUGCCUGUGUGGAGCGCGACCGCCGACGACGUAACCCAGGGUCUUGGUACGGGACCUUCGUCUUGCAUCUCGCAUCAUUAUCACCAGCCUUCUUCCACCACCAAACAGCAACAUCGUCGCUUUCGUCGAGACUAUUCUUCUAUAUAUACGGUGGAUAUUCGCAUUAGAUACCCAAGGCUCUCAGCCGACGAAUUCAUCCCGCGCCUCUCUCGCGUUGACUACAUCCCCGCCAAUAACUGAUACCCAAAGUCAAAUCACCAACCACCAUGUUCCGAGCCUCAGCAGCAGGCCCUUAUGAUGAGGUCGUCACCAAGGCCACCGACGAGAACCUCACGUCUGAGGAUUGGGGCGCCAUUAUCGAGGUCUGCGACAAAGUAGGCAACGACCAAAAUGGCCCCAAGGAGGCUGUUCAGAGCAUCAUUAGGCGUCUUGCGCAUCGCAACGCCAAUGUCCAGCUUUACACUCUUGAGCUUGCGCAUGCACUAGCCCAAAACUGUGGGAAGAACAUGCACCGCGAACUUUCCAGCCGUGCCUUUACAGAUGCCCUCCUCCGUCUUACCAACGACCGUAAUACCCACACACAAGUCAAGUCUAAAAUUAUCGAGCACAUGAAGAGCUGGUCCGAGAUGUUCAGCAGCGAUCCCGAGUUGGGCAUUAUGAGCGAUGCCUACAACCGUGCCACACGAAGCAAUCCGAACAUCCAGCCCCCAAGUGCUCCUCAAAAGCAGGGCCUCACCGAGCUCGAUCGCCAGAAGGAAGAGGAUGAAUUGCAGAUGGCUCUCAAAUUGAGUCUGCAGGAGGAGGAGCGCAAGAAGACUGCUGCAAGCAGCCCAGGCGCACAAGCCGGUCCUAGUGGCCAGACAGAGAGCCCUGCUCCUUCUGCGCCAGCUGGAACUACAGCGGCCACGGUGAGCCGGGUACGUGCGCUCUUCGACUUUGCUCCUUCUGAGCCCGGAGAGCUGGAAUUCAAGAAGGGUGAUGUGAUUGCUGUUCUCGAGAGUGUAUACAAGGACUGGUGGCGAGGCUCUCUCAGGGGCAAGACUGGCAUCUUCCCGCUCAACUAUGUCGAAAAGCUCACCGAUCCCACACCGGAUGAAUUACAACGCGAGGCUCAGAUGGAAGCCGAGGUGUUCGCCGAGAUCAAGAACGUUGAGAAGCUCCUCACGUUAUUGAGCACUUCCAACACAGCGCCCCGAGAGGAAGAUAACGAGGAGAUUUCCAAGCUUUACCACCAGACUCUUGCGAUUCGACCCAAGCUUAUCAAGCUGAUCGAGAAGUACUCUCAGAAGAAGGAUGACUUUACACAGCUGAACGAAAAGUUCAUCAAGGCUAGACGGGACUACGAGGCUCUGUUGGAGUCUUCCAUGGCCCACCCUCCUCAGCACAACUACCAGCAAUACGCAAUGCGACCGGGUCCCGGUCAGGGCUAUCCUCAAGCUGGCGGAUAUCCUCCCCAGGGAGCAGCUCCUCAGGACCCCUCAAGAUAUUAUACUCCUGGCCCACAAGAACAACCUCCUUAUCAAGCAUCGUCUCCUCCCCCUAACUUCCAGAACCAACCUCAAGGUCAACCGGCACCUUUCUAUGUAGCAGGAGCUGAGGUGCCCGCUGGUUCGCAGCCCUACCCUCCCCGGAACGAGUCUCCUUCCAAUGGUAAACAGCCAGCCCCUAUCAAUACCUCGACACCGGGCCCGAACUUCAACCCUUACAACCAAUCUCAGAGCAACAACCCUUACACGCAAGCGCCUACGGGAGGACGGCCUGGUAGCACAUACGGAGCCCAAGAGUUGGCUACAUCUGUUUACGAUUCCCCUAUAGCAACCAACAACCCACACCAACCGACUUCGGCUGCCACAUUUUCAAGCUCGGUGUAUUCUCCUGAAGAGCCCAACGAGAACGCCAGCGCACCACCCCCUGGUCCUUAUGCAACGCAUCAGCAGCAGCCUCAACAAUACCAGAGCUACAACCCUUCCCAAGUCCCUCCCAUGCCCACAGGGUCAGCUCCCCCUCCUCCUCAGAGUGUCAUGACACCUCCCCCUCUGAACCCUGGAAAUGCCGGCGGAUAUGACGCUCGUCAUGGUCUGCCCAGUCAAGGUGGUGCUGGUGGUCAGGCUCAAUACAAGCCUUAUGUGCCACCCGGCGAUGGUCCUUCGGCUCCUGCACCAGACAGUUACUAUCAAAGCGGUGGAGUUUACUAAGGAUUUGAUGAUUUGGAGGAUAGUCGACUGUUGCUAUAGCUUCAAUACAUUCCUGACGCGUGCAUCACGCGGGGACUUUUUGUUUUAGUGGUCAAGUUUUUUUGCUUGGGUUGAUCAUUCCUGGGCUCCUGUUGAUUUGGUCCUUGAAGCUUCUGAUCUUUAUAUUUAUUAUUUGCCAUGUCUAUUCGAUACGAGUUGCCUUAUAGUCGCUAGUUGGAAUAGUUUGCGUAUUGCAACGUUAUAGAUGAUAGGCUGGACUAGGGGGGGGUUUAUGUUGAGAAUUAAAGACCAGGUCAAAGCAAGCUUCGGGUUGAAUGUCUCCCACUCUGUAGUUCAUG